AUGGCUAAUUACCAUCUCAAGGGCAACAAGGGGCAUAAUAUAAAUCAAAACAAUUGUUAUAUGGUGGAUAAUUUAAUUGGUGAUCAAAAUUAUGACGAUCAUUCUGAACAACAAUGUCAAUGUACACAUUCGUGUUACGAUCCAUCGCCGAAGAUUUAUUUUAUGUCGAACUCAAACAAGGAAAAACGUGUUCCUCCUCCAUCCACCACCAACAUGGAAUUAGUUAAUUCACCAGCUUAUUCAUUACGUCGUUCACACUCGAAUAUGUCCGACGAUGAUGAUUUUCAAAUAGUUGCACACAAAAGAAGUAAACAAGUGAAUCAUCCGAUGACUCACAUUAUUCGUUCACAAGAAACACAUAGACAACAACAAGUUAUUACCGAAGAAAAUGAUAAUGUAGUACAUAAUGCACCAAGUCCAAUUACACCUGUUCCAAUUAUGAUCUAA